AAAAUUUUAAUCAAAAAAUUUUCAUUCAUUUCUAAAUUUUCAGCCCCUUCAGCUGUAUCUAAAUUUCAAGUGAACUUAUUUUCUUUAAAAAGUUAAAAAAAAUUUAAAAAACACGUCUCAAAAUGUGCGACCCUUGCUGCUCUCCCUGCGGACCGUGUCCAUCGCCUUGCGGCCCCUGUGGGCCAUGCGGCCCGUGUGGUCCCUGCGAUCCAUGCUGUGCACCGUUUGAGUGCUCGCCAAAAUGCUACACAGGCGCUCAUUUGGACGCUCUACCGCAGUGUGCGCCCCGCAUACCACCGCCCUGCCCGAAAUGCAUAACCGUACAGCAGCCGCCACGACUGAUUUGCCGCAAGCGCGUCGUUUUCAAUGAGAAAAUUGUGCCGGAGCCGAUGGUCGUAAAUCGUUGCCGUCAAAUAACCAUACCCAAAGUUGUGGAUACCACGCGUGUAAUUAAAGUACCCAAACUGACGUGGGUCUCACAGAUGGUGCGCGAACCGCGCGUCAUUUACUAUCCAUCCAUGGUGCCUGAUCCGUAUGUGGUUUGCUAUCCGAAACGUAUUUGUGAGCCGCGUGAAGUAUGCCAGGCGAUACUGUGCCAACCUAAGCCGCAAACACUUGAUAUACCGCCGCCACGUGAAUACUGCUGCUAUCCAACGGGACCGAUUAAUUAUAAGCCGAGCGUAGCAUGUCCACCAUGCCCUAUGGGACCGUGCUCACCAUGCGGACCAUGUGGUCCAUUGCCAUGCUUUUCAACCAAUCAGUAUCCUAUUUGCGAGCCGAACGGAUGUUUCCCAUGCAAGCCGUCGGGUCCCUGCGGUCCUUGUGGACCUUGCUCGCCGUGCCGUGGACCUUGCGGACCUUGUGGACCUUGCGGACCUUGUGGACCAUGUGGACCAUGCGGACCUUGUGGACCUUGUGGACCUUGUGGACCUUGUUGUGGACCUUGCGGACCUUGCGGACCCUGUGGCCCGUGUGGCCCCUGCGGCAGUCCCUGCUCGCCAUGUGGACCGUGUAAUCCGUGCGGUCCUUGCGGGCCCUGUUGCAUACCGAAUUGUGGACCUUGCGGUUUGACAAUGCCUUCCGGACCGUAUGUACCACCGCCGUGUGAUCCAUGUUGUCUUGGUUGUGGACCGUGUGGACCACGUGGACGUCGUGGUGGAUCAUGUGGCGCUUGCGGACCCUGCGGUCCGUGUGGCAAUUGCAAUCCCUGCAUGCCGGGUUGUCCAUACGAAGCGCCGGAGUGUGGCACAUGUUAUCCAUGUGCGCCGACACCGUGGAAUACACAAUGUGGCCCAUGUGGGCCAUGCGGUCCACAAGUGCCGUGUGCACCAUGUGGACCGUGUCCGCCGUGCAAUCCUUGUGGGCCAUCGUGUUAAAUAUAGGCGUAUAAUAUAUGUAUUUUCAUACAUAUGUACAUAUAUGCUGCUGCUCUUGAGGAGCUGCUUAAACUCUUUCUUUGUUUUUCGACUAACGAGCGUAGAAUGCAUUGAUUCGAAAUUCUCAAAAUUCCAAAGACUUGAAUAAUUAAAUUUGAGUGAGAAAUCAAUUGAAACUUCAGUAAAUUUAUCAAGCACCAACUCGUGAUCGUCCACGUGGCAUGCUUUGUGGCAUACAUUGCACCUGCCUUUGCGUCAAACGGAAUGGUUUGCAAGAUCUAUGUCAUCACUCUCUGUGUCGCAGACUAUGUUAAAAGCGCACUGCUAAGCAUGCGGGUGUAAGUAGGAGAUCUAAAGGACGCUACCAAGAACACAAAACUGAUGAAGCGUCUACUUAACAAGAGUGCACCAACGCGCCGCCAAAGGAAACGUGCAUAAAAAGGCCGUAACAAAGCUCAGCCUCAGAUUUGCUACAUUCACCACACCACUCUCUCAUUACACCACACCACAGAAGUGAGGAGCCAGCGCUUUUGUCUCUGCUUUCAAUGAUGUUUAGGUAAAGAGCAUAUAGCACCACAAUAACGGUAAAAGCGCACAAGAAUGCCAAGCGAGGAUGUCGUCACGAAUAUUGGCGUAAAGAGAAUUAAAAAAAAAAAUAUUGCAAAAAAAAUUAUUUGUAUUUGUAUGCUCUCUUAGCGUUCGCAUUUAUACAUUGAUGCAUCUAUGUACAUAUGUAUGUAUGUAUAUAUUAAUAUUAUAUUAAAGAAAGAGAAGUAAAGAUGCAUCGAAACCCUCUCGAAAAUGCAAAUGUUAAUAAAAUACUAAAUGAUGGUCUCCUUCUUCAUUGAAUAAAA